GCUCACGCCACACACGCACACACACACACACAUCUCACACACACUUCCCUCCGCGUUGAACCCAACAGUGGAGCAAAGUGAUCGGACUGGGUCCUGCACAGAAAUACGAUGGAUUCUAAUCUGGUGCGUCGCUGAGUCUCCACUUCAUCCGGAACACUUGGGAGUUAUUUCCUCCAGAGCUGCGUAUGCGUGCGCGCUUUCCCUUUUUUCUUUUGUUUUUUCUUAUGGGGGAGGUGUCGAGCCUACUGAUCCCACGUUUGGAUGUUUGCUGACUUGUUUUCCAGUCCUCAUGACUGAGCCGGGGUUCAUCCGGAGACGCGGCUCGCCGCUCGGGAAGAGCUGCGGCUGAAGUUUGAAGGGUGCGCACAGAGGCUGCUUGCCGUGGGUCCGUUUUCUCCCACCUCACGCGCUGGAUUUGCAACCACUCAUAAAUUUCACCCAGCAGGGGAUAUCUUAUCUUAUCUGCGCGCGCGACGGAAGUCAAACCCCUUGGAUUUAUUGCGCUUCUCCUGGACUACACCCCCAUCCAAACCACCAUGAGGACCGUCGUUUUUGAUGGGGGGCGACUCCUUUUCCUGGUGAUGUGGUUGAAUCUAUUCCCUCACACUGACAGCUGCCCAGCCAAGUGUGUGUGCUACAGCGAGCCCAGGCCCACAGUAGCUUGCCAACAACAAGAACUGUCUUUCAUCCCAACUGAUAUCCCAGUUCGGAGUCAACGGAUAUUCCUUCAGAGUAACAACCUGACCUUGGUGAGGUCCACAAGUUUCAGCUCCUGCCGCAAUCUUACAGUUCUUUGGCUCUACUCUAACAACAUAAGCUACAUUGAAGCUCGAGCCUUUUACGGCUUGGACAAACUGGAGGAAUUGGACAUUGGAGACAACAGCAACCUCCGCACCAUUAACCCAACAGCAUUUCGAGGCUUAACAAAGCUGCACACUCUUCGACUUCACAGGUGUGGCCUGUCAGAGCUUCCUGAGGGGAUAUUCAGAGGAAUGUUUUCACUGCAACAUCUUUACCUGCAGGACAAUAACAUCCUAACGCUGCAUAAUGAUACAUUUCUGGACCUUGCAAACCUCACUUAUCUCUACCUGUACAAUAAUAAGAUCAAGAUGAUAACCAACAACAUGUUUCGAGGCUUAAUCAACCUGGAUCGACUGUUGCUACACCAGAACCGAGUUGUCUACGUGCAACCCAGAGCUUUCACUGAUCUUGGCAAGCUAAAAUCCUUGUUCUUGUUUUUCAACAACCUUACAGUCUUGACAGGGGAAACUAUGGACCCACUAGUUUCCCUCCAGUAUUUGCGCUUAAAUGGGAAUCAGUGGAUCUGUGACUGCCGUGCAAGGACCUUAUGGGAAUGGUUCAAACGUUUUAAAGGUUCCAGCUCUGAGUUGGAGUGCAACGUCCCUGAGUUCUUGGCUGGAAGAGACUUGAAACGACUUAAGAGUGAAGACAUGGAGGGUUGUGUGGAAACAUCACCGAUCCAGACCAACCUUUACAGCUCCAAAACCCAAUCAGGAAAAUUCCUUUCUACUGAAAGCCCUCUGGGUAAUACCAUUCCCAUGUGUUGUUUUCGAGAUAACGACAAGUCAUCUAUUCUUUCUGGAAAAAGUCGCCAAAUCACUAACAAUCCCCUUAAAGAAAAGGAGAACAUGUCGAAUACUAAAUUCAAACAGCAAGAAAGAACAAAGAACGAGACUCAGAUUAAGCAGAAUGAUAGUCCGCUGGGGACCUUGUCCAAUAAUCUGGGCAAGACUUUGCAAAACCUAAACCCUGAUUUUAUAGAGAAUCCUGAAUCAUCUACAGCAUCAAACAAAAAGACAAAAAAAUGUUUCAAAAAGCCCAAAUCAGACACCCACUGCAUCAAAGGCCAAGGCUCUACUUUGCAAAUUCUACACAUUCUCAUCAUUCCCAUGACCUGGAUAUCUCUAGCCAUGUCUUAGGACUCCUGACAACACUUCGCACAAAGAACUCAAGAAUGUUGAAGCUAAUGACAAUGAUACAGAAGAUCCAGUGAUAUCCACAACAGGCCAUGACUGAAAACGAGGAGUCAUGUUGAUCCAACCUUGCUGGAGACAAACGAUGAUGGAAAUGUAGGAGUACAAUAAACUAAAUGGAUGCCUUUACAGAACACUACAAAUCCAGUGUAAAUAUUGAAUCAGUGCCCAAAAUUGUGUGUUCUCUAUGUACUCAGAUGUACUGUGUUGAAGCCACACUUUGGAGACUCCUCCCUUUUCGUUCUCGGAAACUUUUACUGCUUAGACAGACCACUGGAAGAAGAAAAAAGCACAGACAAAAACACAACCUGAGAGAAACGAUACAAGAAAAAUAAGAGACAGAAUGCACACAAAGAAUGUUUUGGUCUGUUUUAUGAAGAAAACCAAUGUCUCCUUGUCAAUUAUUCAAAGACAUGCAUUUGUUGGGUACUGUUCUGUUUAUUUUGCUUUAUUUUCAUGUUUAUAAAAACAAAUGUUUUGCCUCCCUGAAUUUUAGUUCUAUUUUCAUGACAGAGAGGAUAUAUGGGCAGCGUUUACAAAAAAGAAAAGCAAAAAGAAAUGCUGUCAUUUUGUUCAUGGAGAUUGCAAUGGA